AUGCCGCCGGAAACCUACGAGUCCAUCCAGGAUUGUUGGCAUGAGAAUCCGGGUGACCGACCGGACAUACACAUUGUGGCACAGCAGAUAUACACCGUCUUCAGGCGAGUGCGAGAUAAGAACAACAAGGACGGGGAGUUGGACAAGAGGGGUAAGGGUGAGCUGUGCGCAACGCCACGGGUGUUACCAGGAAGUAUUGUCGUGAGCGUCUCUAGAAAUAACGCCAGCGAUG